CACUUCCGCUUCCGCGUGCGAGGCUGGGUCGCGGUGCUGCUGUUGGGCCGGCUUCCUCCCUGCUGCCCUCGGUCUGCGGCGAGCGGUUCCCUUCGCAGUAAAAUGUCUGGAGCUGAUGACUUUUCGUUGGCAGAUGCUUUACCGGAUCAUUCCCCUGCUAAAACCUCCAAAGUGAGCAAUACAAAAUCUGGUCAACAAACUGGUCAGCCAACACAAGGCUGGCCAGCUUCCAAUCCUUGGAACACCCCAAGUGCUCCACCUACGGGGCCAUCUGGAUUGCCACCAAAUACAACAGCCUCCAGUGUGCCAUUUGGACCUCCCCCAACAGGAAUGUAUCCUUCAAUGCCACCUGGACCGCCUGCUCCAUUUCCACCUCCUCCUACUGGACCCUCUUGCCCUCCUCCUGGUGGUCCAUAUCCACCCCCAUCUGUGCCAGGUCCUGUCCCACCAGGGCAAUAUCCUCCACCAAAUAUGCCCUUUCCAGAGCUUCCAAGACCAUAUGGUGGUCCAACAGAGCCAGCUGCACCUCCUGCUCCUGUUGGGCCAUGGGGAUCCAUGCCUUCUGGAGCAUGGGGAGCAACAAUGGGAGGGCAAUAUCCUGCACCUAGUAUGCCAUAUCCACCCCCUGGGCCAUAUGCCACUCCUACCCAGACACCCGGGGCUGCACCUACAGUACCGUGGGGUACUGUCCCACCUGGAACAUGGGGACCUUCACCACCUGGUCCAUUUCCUCCACCCACGGGAUCAUAUCCAGCUCCAGGACUCUAUCCUACACCCCCUAAUCCUUUUCAAGUGCCAUCUGGUCCUGCUGGUACUCCAUCAAUGCCUGGUGGUCACCAUCUUUACCGUUGAAUUCAUGCUGGGCAACAAAGUACUGUAGCUUUCCACCUUCAUCCACUAUUUACAGAGAUUUAAAAAAAAAUGUGUUUCAGUAACUUUUGGAAUUGUGACGAGCACUCGCCUCUUGUACGUACUUCUGAGGUAUGAAGGAGCAAUCUGCAUAAAUUUUAACUUGCUCAUAUGCUGGCAUCUUUUGGUUUAUUAAAGUGAAUUAGGAUGAGCAGACAAAGUCAAGUCUGGUGGUUCUUACUCAAGGCAGAGCUUCCUUUGGGGGAAAAAAGGAAUUGCCAAGUGAGUAAGGAUUACAGGAUCAGGCCUAAAGUCUUACUAAACAGUUAAGCAUUCACUGACAUUUAAUGUUUAAGUUUUGAUACCAGACUUGUGGGGGUCACUAAAUGGAUGGAUGGUCAUAUUUUGUCUAUUUUCUGGUUAUUCCAGGAUAUCAGUAAAAACAACAUAUUUUGAGAUUUCUUUGUGAAAUCUCUUAAUAUUUUAAACAUGCUACAGUAAUUCAACAUACUAAAGAGAAAUGGAGCAUGUGAAUUUGAAGGUGUUCUCAGCAUUUAUAUAAAUAUACACUCAAGCAGAAUUUCUCUCAGAUUCUGGGACUACAGCGGAGCGGUCAUAGGCCAAAGUACUUAGUCUAACUUGUAUGCACACCUGUUCACAUUCGCAAACAGGCAUUUAUGUGCAAAUGAAGUAGCUGGAUGUGCAGUUCAGUUAAUUUAAAUUCACAAAUGUGAAGUUUGUGCAUGGAAAUGAGGGCAUAAUUUUGCCAGACCAAAAUUAGUAGUGGUGACUAGAAGUUUGGCUUGUUCUCUACAUGAAGAUAAACUGAUUCCCACUGGGAGAUAAUCCUGUCUCUUAACUUGGGUUCUAUCCAUCUGAAACUUGGCUUUGCUGCCAAGCUGUGUAAACUCUGCAGAACUUUUAUUCAGCAUCCUUGGAAAUUAAGCCUGAGUUUAAAUUAAAGUAGUCCAGUGGCAAAAAGCUGCUUUUGGCCUUCCACAUAGUCCUAUCGCCUAGAUAGAGCCUUAGAAUCCAUCUCCCUUCUGCCAUAGUUUGAAAAUGAGCCAGUCUUAUGUCAGAGCUCCAUUGAACAUAGUAAUUGGGUAGUCCCUUUGUUCAUACCUAGAUGUAUGUUGUACCUCGCUGAAUGACGUGAUCUGAUUUGGUUUUAAUUGAAUGACUAGAAUUCUGUGUAGCUGCCUUUCAUCGGAAGGGUCACUGCUAUCAAUUUCAUUCUCCUGACUGAGAAUCUUUAUGGAAUUAUCAUACUGGUAGUUUUGCAUUACCAAGACAUGUUCUUCACUGAGACUUGGGCUUUUUUUAAUUCAUUAUGGUACUUUGAUUACCUAGACUUUCUGUGACCAUGCAGAAGUUAUUUUAUCUCAACCUGGGAAAUCUUAAUUUAGCCUCUGGUGGUGGAAUUAAAAAACUGAAUUAGUAAUACUGACGGAUUAGUAAUACAUCGGCUCAUUAGGAAAUCCCUUUUCAUAGUGGAACUGUGAAAUCAAGGUAACUUUCUCUUCCCUCCCUUACUAUGGACUUCUGCAUGCACAGAGUAGUGGACUUUUAAAAAUAAACUGACUGGCCUGGUAGUGAUGUUGAAUACAUAGCCAUAGUCUCUAUGGCAGUUGCAAGAACCCUGAAAUAAAUUUUACAGAAUAGUGCAGUCUGUGAAGGAGCUGUGGCCACUCGCAUAUUGACAUGAGGUCUAAUAAAUAGCCAAGGUAGGUGUGUUUUGUACUAGGAAGACAAUAGUGGAACUGAACACAACAAAUUAAGAUUUGUCCCUAAUAUUCAACAUAAAUCAUAGUAUCUAUGAACACUGGAAAUCAGAACCAGAAGAAAUAUUUUUAAAUCGGCUAUUUCAUAAAUUUAGUGUAGAAUAUUAUUCCCAUAGAAUGUAGACUUCAAAAAUUCAUUGUUGAAUUGACUUAAAUUUCUCCAAGACUGAUACGACUUCUACACGUGACUAUAGCAAACAUGCUUUGUUGCAUCUGCUCAAGUGCAUUCGACAUGUGCGGCCUUAGUCUGUAAAUUGAUCUAAGGAAAACAUAAAUUAUUUAAAUGAAUUGAUCCUAUAGUCACAAUGUGGGUUGAACGUGCACUGGUCUGGAUCUGUUUGCAGGGGAAGGGGCCAGAUGUAGAAAAUACAAAGUUAACAUAUCAAAUUAUUUUUAAAUGGGGUUUUCCAAAAGUAAAUAAAAUAAAUGUCUGGUUUCUUCCUGGAAUAGGCAGGAUUUAUUACUGGAAAGGUUAGGCUAAAAUUCAGAUACGUAUGGGACACUUUUUCAUAUUUCUUGAAGUCAAGAAAAACUGUUUCAUAUCCCCUUUGUUUUGUGAGCAAGGGUCCUUGCAUAGUAGCAGUGAUAGGGUUUAUCUGUUAAUGUAUUGUAUAAAAACUCAAGUUGUCACUAUAUGCUGUGUAGUAACUUUAUCACAUGUAAUGUCAAGUGUGAGCAACUUCUGGCCUGAAGCUUUUGCAAUGGAAUUUGUACAUUUCUAUGCAUCAUUUAAGUUAAAUUGCUGAGAAGUUUGUUUUGACUUGUGCUUUGAGAUUGGCCUACUGCAUUUGUUUACAAUAUGAAAUAUAAGCAAUCACAUCUUUAAAGUAUAGACUAUCACCUGCUGCUGUAUUUUCUUUAGAUAAGACAAAUAUUGCUGUACGAUAGUGAAAAGCUAUAAAAACAGGAUUUGAUAUUUUUUGAAAAUGCUGUCACUUUUGUAUAAGAUUAGACAUUAAACGUAUUUUCAAGA